UUCUAUUGUUCGACCGUGAGACGACAUUUGAAGCGAUUUUUCGAAAGUUGCAAGAGUUGUGUCGAUUGUUUCAACAGUUUUGCGAUGCCUUCAAAGAAGAAACAAGCACGCGUCGUUCCCAGAAGGGCAUCGGAACGCGAAUCCUUCGCGGUGUCGGAGGAUCGCGUGUUGAUAGACCUCUCCUAGUUGUCUGGAGCAUUGCAACAAGCAGCCGUGUGCGCCAGGUGUAAGCGUGGCUCACUUUUAUAAAGACCGGAGAGAGGAGGUUUGGGUUUGCGUGCAAGUUGCUGUUGGAAUGCACCUACGAUUUUUGCAACGGUGGCAGUCGUGUCAGGACUGUAACUGACUUUUUCACUUCAAAGAGGGUAGCGCCAAGUGAAAAAGUUCCAUUGGAAGUGAAUCGGCGCAUGGUUCUGUUGGCUCGAGAGCUGGUUUUGGCCAUGCGGAUUAGAGAGACUCGUUGCCGUUGUCGGACUCCCUGGAGCGCUCUCCCAAGAUUCUUUCUCCUGUAGUCGUCAUGUAGGUUUACUCGUCUAUGCGUUGGUCGUGGUACAUGAUGAUCGAGUUAUCUGCAGGCUAUUGAAGUUGCUACAUCGUCGGUAGCGGAAACCGUGAUGCAGGAGGCGGCAACGGAACUCUUUGAACUGCAGAGAGUCACUGCUGAUGGUGUGAGACUUACCGUUGUUGAGCAUUUUACAUUUGUGCUGUUGUAUUGAACAAAUGCUGCAGUCUCCGCUGGAGGUGUCAGUGUCAUGUGAUGGCACGUGGCAGAGACGGAGUCAUCAAUCUUUGUAUGGCAUGCAAGCUGCCAUUUCCGUUGAUACCAGGAAAGUGUUGGAUUAUGAAAUACAGAGUAAGAUCUGUACUGAGUGCCAAUUGCAUGGAAACUGGGAUCAUAGGUCUGAGGCAUACAAGAAGUGGUACGAACAACAUCAACCCACGUGCCACAUCAACUAUUGGUCUACCUACAACAGCAUAGAGGCGUUUGGUAGCAAGAUGUGGCGCCGUUCUUUGAAGAAGAGGAACUUGAUAUCCACUACCUACAUGGGUGAUGGCAACAGCGCCGCGCACAAGGCAAUUGUUGAGGCCAAUACCUAUGGUGAUGAACACACUGUUAUCAAAAGUGACUGCAUUGGCCAUGUUCAGAAACGGAUGGGAACGUCUUUGGAAAGGCUCCUCGUCAAAUGCAAGGACCAGAUUAUCAUUCUUACUACUGAAGGAUCUACUGAGAGGAAGGGAAUUAUCGGUCGAAGUGGUCUCACCAAGGAAGUUAUAGAUAAAGUACAUUACAGUUUCCCAAAUAUUUUCCAAUUUUUCCCUUUAUUUGUUGUGGUUGUUUGCAUUGUACAGAUACAGAAUUACUAUAGCAUGGCCAUUCGUGGACAUCUUGGUAACAUGGAUGGCACGACCAACGCCCUUCAUGCCAUUCUGGGGCACUCUUCCAAUGACCACCCGUACUGUCCAGAUGACGAGACUAACUGGUGCAAAAUCCAAAGGAAUGAUCCAUCAUAUAAACCCAAGGAGAUAGCACCAGAAGCUCUCGAACUCUGCAAGCCAGACUUUGAGCGUCUUUCGCAUCCCGACCUACUAGCUAGAGUUCAACGAGGAGACACUCAAAAUCCUAACGAAGCUCUCCAUAAUAUUGUUUGGAGAAGGGCACCAAAACAUAUGUUUACGUCACCUCAAGCAAUUAGAAUUGCAACAGAUCUCGGUGUCAUUCAGAGAAAUGUUGGCAAUGUUGGUCUUCUGAGGGUGCUGAAAGCUAUGAACAUAACGAACAAUACUGCUAGCUCGAAUCUCUUUAAGAAACUGGAUGCUCUAAAGUUUUCGAGUCUUACUAAGAAGAAAUCAGAGGCUACUCGGAAGAGGAGGCAGAUUAUUCGUGGGCAGCGCAAAAAGAAACAAGACCGUCAUGAGCAGACCGAGAAACCGUCGUAUGAAACAGGUGUGUUUUGCUAUUUACCUGUUCUGGUGAUUUGAAAACACUUUUCUUGUCAAUACAAUACGUGCCUUUGACCUACCUAACAAGGACAUACUCGGCCCCUCUGUAACCACCCCUCAACAGAGGCAGCCAAGAAGAGGAAGGGAAAGCAAGCGAGCAACCAACCUGCUGCCAAGAAGGCAAGAGACCUAAACGUGUUGUGGAGGACAGUGACAGUGCGUUAGUUGGAGCAUGAGCCCAGAGACAUUCAGCCGACGAGGCGUUCAUCGCGACAGAAACGAGCUCGUCCAACCUUGAAUCUGGAAGACUAUGAUUUUGAUUACGAGUUGUAAUCUGUCUUAUCUCUUAGUGGCAGGACAUAAUAUAUAUAAACUAACAUUUCAGGCCAGUAUAUGCUCUGACUUCUACGUGGUCUGGCCUGGGUAACGCUAACAAAAGUAUACGUUUGGUGAACGGGUUUUGUGUCGUGUGCUCUGAUUUAACUUUUUUUUGUGAGAGAAUGACUGCUAAUUUCUACUCUGAUCUGAGCAGGCUACUGCAGUGAGGAAGUUGAAAAUCAACUCUUUAUAUAUUUUAUAUAGAAUGUAAUGUACUGUAUUAAGUAAAUAGCCAAUACGUAGUUUGGUUCAAGUUCAUGAACCGUAACAAGGGUUAAGUGUUGUUAUAAAUAGCAGAAUAUCGAGUUUGUAAGUGGAAUAAUGUUUCUGUGAAGAAUUCAAUAGAUACGGGAGUGCCAGGGAAGCAUGUGGUUUCGAUAGGGCUCCUAGAGACGAUGA